ACAUUAACAUUUUACAGUUUGUUACGUACGGAUUUUUAUGCGCAUAUAAAAACGUCUUCCUUAAUAUUUGAUGGCAGGUUUUUUAAAGACUGGUGCUAAGGGGUCGGCGCAGGGUAACUUUGGGCUGAUGGACCUUGUUGCGGGGCUUCACUGGCUCCGGGAGAACCUACCUGCAUUCGGCGGAGACCCGGAGAGGGUCACUGUCAUGGGACACGGGACGGGUGCCGCGCUGGCCAACUUUCUUGCUGUGUCUCCUGUGGCUAGAGAACUACUCAAGCGUGUCAUCUUGUUAAGCGGUUCGGGACUCAGCUCGUGGGCGCUGCAGCGGGAACCUCUUACGGUGAAGAGAAAG